GUUGAGCUGUCAUGUUGCCAUGUGAUCCGCCAUUUUUCGUAAACAAGUUGGAGUCACGAAGAGAUUGUAAACAUGGGAGUCGAUUACUAUGAUAUAUUAAAGCUUACGAGAAGUGCAACAGAUGCAGAUAUAAAGAAAAACUACAGAAAAUUAUCACUGAAAUAUCAUCCUGAUAGAAAUCCAGGAGAUCAAGAUGCUUCAGAUAAAUUCAAACAGUGUGCAGAAGCAUAUGAUGUUUUGAGUGAUCCUCGGAAAAGAGCAACGUAUGAUCAGUUUGGGGAAGAAGGUCUGAAAAAUGGUGUCCCUCAGGGAAGUGGGGAAGCAGGAGCUUGGACGCAAGGAUACACAUUCCAUGGAAAUUCAGAAAAGGUGUUCAGAGAUUUCUUCGGUGGUGACAAUCCCUUCCAAGAAUUUUAUGACCGAGUCGAUGGUGAUCUCAGCAUGGGAUUUGGAGGAUUACAAGGGAGAGGGAGAAAGAAGCAGGAUCCUCCUAUAGAGAGAGAUCUUGUCUUAUCCUUAGAGGAAGUUUUCCAUGGAUGCACAAAGAAAAUGAAAAUUACAAGGAGGGUUAUGAAUGAGGAUGGUCACACAUCAAGUAUAAGAGAGAAAAUUUUAACCAUCACAGUCAAGAAAGGUUGGAAGCCAGGAACAAAGAUCACAUUCCCAGAGGAGGGUGACCAGGGUCCUAACAAUGUUCCAGCUGAUAUAGUAUUUAUUGUGAAAGAUAAACCUCACCCCCGAUUCCGCAGACAGGGAAUUAAUCUGAUCCACACUGCCAAGGUUCCGCUGGGAAAAUCUCUGACUGGUUGCACAGUGGAAAUAAUCACUCUGGACGAACGGGUGCUUCAUAUUCCCAUCAAUGAUAUCAUCAAGCCAGGAUAUACAAAAAUUGUUCCAGGGGAGGGAAUGCCAAUUUCAGCCGACCCCAAGAAGAAGGGAGAUUUAGUGAUAGAAUUUGACAUUGAAUUCCCCACGUCUUUGACACCAGACAGGAAAGACCUAAUCAAAAAGGCACUUCUCAAUUGAAUACCCCCCCCCCCCUUUUUUUUAUUACAGAAGCUGGACUUUCUUAAGUGCAAAAUAUGGACCUGUGAUAUACAUGCAUUCAAAGCAAUGCACUUUUUUGAAAAUAAUUAAUGAUACAAUUCAUCAACUUUUAUAGAAAUAUUAUGGUAUUUGUGUAUUGCUAUUUGAUUGCAAAUGUAUUUGAACUGCAUUUUGUUACACAUGUAAUUAUAUAAAAAAAGAAGUAUU